CCCGCUGAUUGUGGAAGGUUGCGACAGACAGGGUCUCGAACGUGGAAGCCUGCGCGCGAUUGUCGAUUCCUCUCCAACUAUACAUCAUUCUUUCUAGUCAGCUCUGAUGCGAUGAAGUCCUGCAAGCAAACUCCCGGCAAGUUGUCCGGAGCCGUGUCGCUUCCACCGAAGUGGCUGGCCAUGUACGAAGAGUUCAUCACGAAGAAUGCCAGCGCUGUGUCGCAAGUUGAAUCCGCCUUGCGCUCGCUCACAUAUAUCAUUCCUGGGCGCUUUCGGGAUACAGAAGUCGCGUCAGAGUCAAUCCACAGCGGAGUCCAACUCCUAUCGGUGUACCAUGAUUCUCUCCUCGCAAAAGCAGCAGCGCGGCUGCCUGCUGCCCAGCGCCCUCAUCCCACUCCUCAUAACCGCUACACGCGCUUCUGGUCCCAAAACUCACCAACAUACAAGCGCAUCGCCUUGAUGCUUCAGAUGAUUCAGUACACCGAACUCUUGUGGGAGAUGGCAGCAAAACGUAAAGGUGAAAAGAUGCGGUGGCGGGUAAUCGUACUGUUGGAAGCCGUCAAAGCCAUUUGUAGGCUGCUCCUCCUGCGCCUGACGAACUCGAGGCCGCUCUUGAGCCCACCUCUUCCUCAGAGAGAAUUUGAUCCUAGCACGCUUGAGGAAAACAGCGGUUCUAUCCUUGAAGAAACAGAGAGCCCGCCAAAUGAGAAGAUUGAUGAUGCCGGCUGGGCCAUGCCAAGGACAGGCUUAUCCAUGCCCUCGCUGCCAGAUUCGUCGGACAUAUCAUCCUACCUUCUUUCAAAGGUCCUUACGGCGGACGACAUCAAGCCACCAAAAGCACUGUUGCACAGGGUUACCGGGAAAGGCGAGGUAGCUGAAUGUUUAUACAUUCUGCGUCCUGUCAUUUACGCUCUUGCCAUGCAGUACUGGAGCGGUAAAAACAAACGCAGUUGGAGGCCAUGGCUGAUAGGUCUGAGUAUUGAAUACGGCGCCCGCCAACUAGCCAAGAAGGAUUUCCAAGAGCGACUUGCUGGUGGUUUGCGGGGACUGACAGGACUCGAAAGAGAAGAACUGAGGAGGAGAGGUUGGGGUAUGGGAUGGUGGCUGAUGAGGGGCGCAUUCUAUGACAGCAUCACCAGGGCCUGGAUACACGCUCUCGCGGGCAAGUUGCGGGGCAAACUUCUGCUGGACAUUAUCGGCGGCGUCCUUGAGGACUACGAGUUCCUCUGGAACGAGUAUUACUUUUCCACAGCGACGCUUUGAGCCCUCUGGCAGGGUUGCGUUUUUGAAUGAUAUCCCUGUAUUUUGUCUAGUUCGGAGUCGAGGCAUACGGUUUGCUAGGCUGGGGCUAUGGCCUUCCGUCAAUGCGGAAGCCAUCUACUAGGCGUUAUGGAUUGCAUCUUUUUAUACUGGCUCAAUCAUCCUCUGCAC